CAAACACUCACUGCCACUCCGCCCCGCGCUGCAUCGCCGCCGUGCACCCUCUUCCGCCACCAGUGCUCCGCUGCGGCAAACACGCUCCGCCAGGCAAUGCCCGCCAGCGCUCAGGCACAAACUGCAGCAGCGACAGACUGACGUAUUCCUCCUCUCAGCAGCGGGCUUCUCUUGCCCACACUAAGCUACACUCGCGCUGCGCAUCACCCCAGCAGACCACUGAUUCACCGUCAUCUCUGCUGCCUCCCCUGGCGACAACGACGACGACGACGACUCGCCGCCCUCUCCCGCUAUCAUUUGCCCAAGACGACAUCGCCGCCCGCCAGCACUCUGGCCGCUCGCCAUCACCGCCGCUAUCUUCUUGGCCCAGCGAGCCACGACACCUUUCCCGCCAAAGGCCACAACAGCUUUCAUGCAAAGGCAUUAGGCACCGCUUCCGCUGAAAUCCACUGUCUGGCCUUUUUGGCGAGACUCUUCCGCCCUCCAUAACCAGCGCCGCGCAGCCUUGCAUCAUACCACCGCAUCGUCCGCACUAGUUAGCUUACCUGAGCGACACGCGUCACACGAGAUAUUCAUUCACGACAUCACAAUCGGAGGCCUCGUGUCGGGUCGCAAUCAUGGGCAACCAACCGUCCAAGGAUGGCAAGAGCAGCAGCGGUUCUCAAACACCCACAGGACCUGAGCUGGGCUCAUACCCGUCCUUCAGCAAAUCCGACACAAAAGAGUCCUCGCGAUCCUUUCGCAGUGCUCUGCGCACGAAGAUCCCGGGAAAAUCAUCUACAGACAGUCCGCGAGCUAGCAGCAGCAACCUAGCAGGUGAUAACUCAUCGACAAGCCUCGAUAAGACAGAUUCGCAGUCUAUCAAAUCCGCUACGAGUGGAAGAUCUGGGAAGCACUCGCGGGCAUCUGCUUCGGUUUCUGAGACGCCGCGUAGAGGCAGUCUCGCCGGCGAUGACGCCGACGCUCAGCCUCCGCCCUCCCCUACUAUGUCUGCGUCGGUGGGCACUGGGCAUCAGUACAGUGAAAUCGAGGAGGCGCAGCGAAGUGGAGAGGUGGACGCAGUAUCAGACGCGCCACCCCAAGGCAACAUCCACCAAUCGCACAACAAAGAGCCCACCGAGUCGAUCCUGGUCAAGAGGCCGCCCAAAGAGACAAACGGACAGGGUGCAGCAGCAGCGCUUGCGAUUGCCGAAGGAUCGCAAUCACGCUCAGCAUCCACUUCCGGUGACAUGGCUAUUGGGGCACUGAAACCGGCCGACCUUGACGACAUGAUCAAGCGCCUCGUAGACGCUGGCUAUGCGGGAAAAGUGACCAAGACUGUGUGUCUGAAGAAUGCAGAAAUCACUGCCAUUUGUAAUGCUGCUCGAGAGCUGUUCCUAUCCCAGCCCGCCCUGCUGGAACUUUCCACGCCUUGCAAGAUCGUUGGCGACGUGCAUGGGCAGUACACGGAUUUGAUUCGCAUGUUUGAAAUGUGCGGCUUUCCACCAAACAGCAACUUUCUAUUCCUAGGCGACUACGUGGAUCGCGGCAAGCAGAGUCUGGAAACUAUCCUACUGCUCUUGUGCUACAAGCUUCGGUUCCCGGAGAACUUCUUCCUUUUGCGAGGCAACCAUGAAUGCGCUAACGUGACGCGGGUCUACGGCUUCUACGACGAGUGCAAGCGGAGAUGCAAUGUCAAAAUCUGGAAGACAUUUGUUGAUACAUUCAACACAUUGCCCAUUGCUGCAAUCGUAGCUGGCAAGAUCUUCUGUGUCCACGGUGGACUCUCGCCGUCCCUAUCACACAUGGACGACAUCCGGAACAUCGCCAGACCGACCGAUGUGCCAGAUUACGGACUCCUCAACGAUCUGCUCUGGUCUGAUCCGGCUGACAUGGAAGCAGAUUGGGAAGCCAAUGAGCGAGGUGUCAGCUAUUGUUUCGGCAAGAAAGUCAUCAUGGAGUUCCUGCAAAAGCACGAUUUCGAUCUGGUAUGCAGAGCACACAUGGUGGUGGAAGAUGGUUAUGAAUUCUUUAACGAGCGAAUUCUGGUGACGGUGUUUUCUGCGCCAAAUUACUGUGGCGAAUUCGACAACUGGGGUGCCGUGAUGAGUGUCUCGGGCGAAUUGCUGUGUUCCUUUGAACUUCUCAAGCCCCUGGACUCAAGCGCGCUUAAGACGCAUAUCAAGAAAGGCCGCGCCAAACGCAAUAGUAUGCUGAACAGUCCUCCGGCCAGUCAAUUCCCACAAAGCUACUAAAGAGUAGCUGGACCGCACGGCAGCUAAAGGUGGCAACACUUGAAACGAGACACUUCCACACUCGGCUCAUACAUGAGGCCAGCUGAGUCCAAACGGGCUAUGAGAAGCGAGCACAAAGCAGCAGACGCAGCGUACUGCUGCAAAUAGCAUCGUCUACAAAGAUGGUCAAUAUGGCAACCACAACGGACAUAUCCCCGAUCCAGGUCAGAACCAUGCGCGAGCAUGAGUUCGCAGUCUCCUGGCGCGCAUUGGGGUCAAAGCUCCGCUACCAACAACUCCUCUCUCGCGGAAUGUUUCCAUGGACGAUUUUUUGUGAAGGUUGAUAGACGGGGAUCUCCGGCAAGGCGCUCAGGCAAGCAGUGUUGGGUUUCCUCAGCUGAUGCUGCACAGCAUUGCUGACGUUAGGCGCAGCGAGGCAGCAAGGCAGUACGCGAGAAGAACGGAAGCAUGGGCACGAAUUGAAUACAUACAAAAGUCCCCUCGGUUGGCAGAAAUGCUAUUUCCAGUGGACGAACAGACUGAGAAGAAUUGCUACUGGUUGGAGGCAUUUGCUGGGUUUCGGCGUUUUCAGUGUAUAAAUGGGGAUGUUUCUCGCUUAAGCAACAACAACAAUGGGCUAGGAACUGAACUGAAAUGAUUGAUAACGAUGAAUUGAUUCGCUUGCUUGCUUGCUCUAUUUCUGGGUGCAUCGACGAAGGACAGGAGGAA